UUAUCGAUUUGUUGAUGGAUGUUCUUGUUAUCUUUUUAUGUCCGAGUAUUCAAUGAGGCGUUGUUAGUCGUGUCCCGGCAGUUGCUGUCGACUCCUGUAGCUAUACUGUACACUGCAAUUUUGAAAUCAUUCUUUACAUGCUGCAUUUUACAGUCCCUAGCUGCAGCUCUCGACUUCUAGGCUAUAUUCAGUUUGAAUUUUUGUCAAUAAAGGAUAUCAAAGUGAAAAUAUUUCACGAUGAAGAUGAGACGAGCGACGGUGAAUCGGCCGGUUCCGUUAUCAUCCCGGCAUCAGAAAAUCUGCCAAAAAGAUCAGAUUCAACGAGCGUCGUCUGGUUUGUAUCAAUGCGACGCGAACCAAUUGGACGUCGCCGAUUCUUCGGAAGAAGAUGAAGGGCUCCAUCAGUUUAAAAUUGGCAUUCCCGGCUCUAGGACAAUUUUCGGGAAAAAGAAUCAUCCGCUACGCCGAAUCUUCUGGAUCUGCUUGACGAUUGUCUGCUGCUUUCUGGCUUUCUACCAAGUGAAAGGGUGUAUCAUCAAAUACGAGUCGGAGAACGUCAUCGAGGAGGUGCAGAUUAUUAACAACGAAACGCUCAUUUUCCCUUCCGUUACAAUGUGCAACAGAUGGAAUCAAACCUUUAAUCCUUCGGCCAUGGAGGCAAUGCGACUUUGGAACGACCAAAUCCAAAUGCCGUCCGACCUUUUGUCUCUCGUGAAUGUAACGGCCACCUGGAACGGGAUUGGACGCGGUGAUUUCAAAGAAAUGGAGUUGGUGUGCUGGUUCGGACGCAACAAAUCCUGCGAGGCCAGCGGCUACUGGGAAAUCCUGCACACGGUUGUAGGCACGUGCUAUUCCUUCCGUGUCCGGCAGCCCGUGAGAGAGACGGGCCUCUUUAACGGACUUUACAUCAAAAUCGAGGCCAAAUCGCCGUUUGACAAUUGGUUCUACUACAUCCACCCACACAACGUCACUCCGGCGCUCAACAUUUAUGAAAUCCGGAACGCCAGCAACGAUUUCCUCGGAAUGGGAAAGUUCAACACUGACGUUAAAAUCAAUUACCAUCAAGCCCAGUCGUUGAAUGUGAGAAGGGAUCCAUGCGUGGAGGAGGCCGAGUACACGGCCGAACUCUGCGAACUGGAGUGCUUCAGUGAGCAACUAGUCCGACACGCUGGCUGCCGACUGCCUUUCAUGAAAUUGAGCAAUACAUCUCCCAACAGGAACAGGCCCAUUUGCAACACCACCCAAACUUAUCGUGCGGCUGGCGAAGAACUCAAGCGGAUGCUUUUCAGUGAUGGAACAACUUGGAACCGAACCGGAUGCAAUUGCAUCAUGUCGUGUUUCAGAACUUAUUACCAAACAGAUAAGGAGAAGGUGAUGGCCGACGUCCAAACCGGUCGUUUUCGGUUUCGGGUCUUCUUUCAGACUAGAACGUACGAGGCUCGAACGCAGAAAUUGGAAUACGGACUCGUCCACCUCUUCUGCGCCAUUGGCAAUUCAAUUGGUCUCCUGCUUGGAAUGAGUGUCCUAACACUUUGCGAAGCUCUGGAAUGGGGAGCUUUUAGGCUCUUCCACUGGUUCAAAUCGUCGACGGUCGUCUUAUUGGCUGGCCAACAGCGACGGAUUCAUCCUCGUCCCAGCAGCCUGAUAGCAGUCAACUUAUAGACGAAUACGAUUCA